UAUCAGGCAUUGGGAAGGAUAGAUAACGCUUUUCUCCGCAACGUCUACUGAUCAGUGUGUGGUCUAAACGUCCAGUAGCGCUGACCAGUCGAGAUGGCUGACAACAGAGAUAAAGCUUGCGAUCAAAUGAAGAUAUGGAAGGAGCACAGAGCUUCUCAGAGGCCAGACACUCUGACCACAGGGGCUGGCCAUCCUGUUGGAGAUAAGCUGAACCUGCAGACUGCAGGACCGAGGGGUCCUCUGCUGGUCCAAGAUGUGGUGUUCACAGAUGAGAUGGCCCACUUUGACCGGGAACGAAUCCCAGAGAGAGUGGUGCAUGCAAAAGGGGCAGGGGCAUUUGGCUACUUUGAGGUGACUCAUGACAUCACUCGCUACUGCAAGGCCAAGGUGUUUGAGCAUGUCGGCAAGACUACACCUAUUGCUGUCCGCUUCUCCACUGUGGCUGGCGAAUCAGGAUCAGCAGACACAGUGCGAGACCCCCGAGGCUUUGCAGUCAAGUUUUACACUGAGGAGGGCAACUGGGACCUGACGGGAAACAACACUCCCAUUUUCUUCAUCAGGGACGCCCUGCUGUUCCCGUCCUUCAUCCACUCACAGAAGCGCAAUCCCCAAACCCACAUGAAAGACCCAGACAUGGUGUGGGACUUCUGGAGCCUGAGACCUGAAAGCCUGCAUCAGGUGUCUUUCUUGUUCAGCGAUCGAGGUUUGCCUGAUGGCUACCGUCACAUGAAUGGCUAUGGCUCUCACACCUUCAAACUGGUCAAUGCCGCUGGCGAGUGUGUCUACUGCAAGUUCCAUUACAAGACUGAUCAAGGAAUAAAGAAUCUGCCAGUAGAGGAGGCAGACCGCCUGGCUUCCACCAACCCAGAUUAUGCCACUGGAGACCUGUUCAACAACAUUGCCAAUGGCAACUACCCAUCCUGGUCCUUCUACAUCCAGGUCAUGACCUUCAAGCAGGCCGAGAAGUUCCAGUUCAACCCCUUCGAUCUGACCAAGGUUUGGUCACAUAAAGAAUUCCCUUUGAUCCCCGUGGGCAAAAUGGUUCUCAACAGGAACCCAGUCAACUACUUUGCAGAGGUGGAGCAGCUGGCCUUUGACCCCAGCAACAUGCCACCCGGCAUCGAGCCGAGCCCCGACAAGAUGCUGCAGGGUCGUCUCUUCUCCUAUCCAGACACACAUCGUCACCGGCUGGGAGCCAACUACCUGCAGAUCCCCGUCAACUGCCCCUUCAGGGCACGUGUGACCAACUACCAGCGUGACGGUCCAAUGUGCAUGUUUGACAACCAAGGUGGAGCUCCAAACUACUAUCCCAACAGCUUCAGUGCCCCAGAGACCCAGCCUCAGUGUGUGGAGUCCAAGUUCAAGGUGUCUCCAGAUGUGGCACGUUACAACAGUGCAGAUGAAGACAAUUUCACACAGGUUCGUACCUUCUACACCCAGGUGCUGAACGAGGAGGAGCGCCAGAGACUUUGCCAAAACUUGGCAGGGGCCCUGAAGGGAGCCCAGCUCUUCAUCCAGAAACGCAUGGUCGAGAAUUUGAAGGCUGUCCAUCCACACUAUGGAAACCGAGUUCAGGCUCUUCUUGACAAGUACAAUGUGGAGGCCCAGAAGAACACAACUACCCAUGUUUACAGCCGUCCAGGAGUCUCGGCUGUCGCUGCGUCCUCUAAGAUGUGAUGCCUUAAAUUUCCACUGGGGGAGCCCCUUCAUUUAUCUAAGAGCAGAUACUGAUACAUACUGAUAACCAACUGCUACUACCAGUAACAAAAUUUGACUUAACUUUCCAAUUACCAUCGGUGACAAGACUGAAAUACUAACCAUGUAGAAUGUGGGAUGGGGUUGGUUCAUUUUUAAUUCAGUCAAUGCAGACUGUUGAUUUUCUCAAAUUUCUCAUAGCUAGCAAUAUUCAGGAGGCUCUUGAUGUCUGAUAAAACCCUGUGAGGUAAAUGUGUCUUGAUUGAACAGCUGUUUUGGAAAUAUUCACCAGGAUUAGUUUUUUUCCAAUUUAAAACCACCACAGUGUUUAAUUUUGACUGUUGACUGGUUAUACCAGAAACAUAGCAAAUUUGAUUGCUUGACUUUUACCACAUAAAGCCUUUAAAAUAAUUUAAAUGUAUUAGAUUGCAUUAAAAUCAUUUGACUCUAUCUGCUGCCAAGUACAAUGAGUUAAUCAAUUCCAAAAAUGCGUGUGUGUGUGUGUGUGUGUGUGUGUGUGUGUGUGUACUAGGUUGUUGUGAUGAUGUAAAUUGGUGGUAAAUCUACACUGACUAACAAGUUCUGACCUAAAAUGGUAUUAACUUUGAGAGGAGCCUAAUUAUGUGUUGUUAGUCACUUUCAUCCUGGGAAGAGACCCUGAAGAUCCCAAACAGGAUGCAAACAAUAAAAUGUAUCACUGUCCAAUAUGAAUCACCCAUGUAACCUGCUAUGGUUGUGUUUUUAAACUAUUCUGUAUUUAGUGCCUGUAUUAAUUCAUUUGAAAUUCAUUUGAAAUCUUAUCAGCAGCUUU